AAAUUGUCCCCAAAUGUAGAAAGUGGUUAAAAUAUCUGUUAUGUGACUCGCAAUGGGGCCAAGUUUAAUGCUGCCUCCAUUUAUAGUUUUCGUUUAUAUAACUUGUUAUAAUGUGAAGUGAUUAGACCGAGUAAGGUCGUUAUUUGACCUAAGGUCGUAUACAAGUGAUUCACCUUCAAAAGUCCUCAAGUUAAGAUGGGGUCUCUUGAGGUCUCAGCUGAGCGUCGGAUGAAGGAAUUGGAAACCCUUUUUCUCAGGGGUCCGUACAAUUCCGCCAGUCUUAAAGAGAGUGCAGCAUUCAGUGUUGAGACUCUGCUUGAUAUUCUGGUCGUCAUUUAUGACGAGUGCACAUCUUCGUCUUUACGCAGAGAGAAAACAGUCUCGGACUUUCUGGAAUACGUUAAACCGGUGACGAAUCACGUGAAGGGUCUACGCCUGUCCAAGGAGGAUUUUGAGAUCUUGAAAGUGAUCGGACGAGGAGCUUUUGGGGAGGUUUGUGUUGUCAAAAUGAAACAUACGGAUAAGGUGUAUGCACUAAAAAUUUUGAACAAAUGGGAAAUGUUGAAAAGAGCAGAAACUGCGUGCUUUCAGGAAAAAAGAGAUGUUCUCGUUUUCGGAGAUAGAAGAUGGAUUACAAACCUUCAUUUUUCAUUUCAGGACCAAACUAAUCUGGUGAGUUCAAACAGUACUUUCAGUGUACAUAUAGUUCAAACAGUACAUACAGUGUACAUAUAGUUCAAACAGUACAUU